AUGUCCGAUAACAUCCAUGUGUGUGCUACACUCGCGCCAAUUAAAAUAACUCAAUACUAUAGGAUCGCACUGGUCCAGUUUUGGCGAGGCCAGAAAGAGCCCCUUAGGCCCUAUCCGCUUCACUGGGUACUCUAUGUCGAAACUGGUCCAGGUGUUGGCAACACCUACCAGAUCGUAGGAGAUCAGAGUACCUACACCUUUCGUAUGACAAUGAACCAGCCCCUUGCAAACAAGGAGGACUAUCGCGGAUGUUGUUAUCUUGGAAGAGUCUCGGAGGCUAAGCUCCCUAGAAUGGGGGCGAUCCUCGCAAAAAUUGAAGUCUUCCGAAAUUGUCCCGUUUGGAACAGCCAUGAUUGGGUGGAGACAGCUUUGAGGACUCUCAGGGACUCAGGUUUUCCCGUCCAUAGUGAAGAGGAGGUUCGGCACGGGCGUCUUCAAGAUGAAAUGCUCUGGCAGCUAGAAGAUUGGCCUGGAAUUGAGGGUGUCGUCGAAUUUGUCGGUUACCAAUAUCUCGAGUGUGUAAUACACUCGAAGUCCCGGAGGUUGCGCAUAGAGAGUCAGUAG